GACGUGCGGUGAGACAUGUCGCAUGUCGCACAUUCAGAAAUAUCAAAUAGGUUAUCCAAGUGUAUGCGUUGAUAUUGAUAUUGUUGAGGCUCGAAUAAAAUUGGUUUUAUCAACAAAAUGUUAUUUUGGAGAAUUAUUAACAAAUUGCCAGGAGCUAUGUGUCCAUCGUUGAAAUAUUGCACGAGCAUAGAGAAUCGAGCAAAAGUUGAAGAGAUCGUUCCGAUAAUAUCCAAGAUACGAUACGACGAUGGAAAUAAUUUCUACCAAAAGCCUCGACAAGUAUGGCUAGAGAAUUUGAAAACUGUAGAGGAAAAGAAAUUGGGCCUAGUCACCUUACAUCCGCACAUCUAUGCGGCUGCUCCCCGUAUCGACAUCAUUCAUCAGAAUGUGAGAUGGCAAAGAAUGUAUCGCUGGGUUUCAUACGCUCAUACAAAAACGCGUGCCGAAGUCCGAGGUGGUGGUAGAAAGCCUUGGCCACAAAAAGGAACGGGCCGAGCUCGCCAUGGAAGUAUACGUUCACCACUGUGGAGAGGUGGUGGAGUGGCACAUGGUCCUCGCUCUCCAACGCCACAUUUUUAUAUGUUGCCAUUUUACACCCGUCUAGCAGGUCUUACGGCAACGCUGUCUGCCAAACUCGCACAAGACGAUCUACAUAUAGUCGAUGAAUUAGAAAUUCCAACGUCAGAACCUUCCUAUAUAGAACAGCUAAUCGAGGAGAGGAAUUGGGGACCAUCUGUUCUUUUUGUAGACAGCUAUGAUAUUAUGCCUCCAAAUAUUACAUUAGCUACUGAUCAAAUUAAGCAUGUUAAUCUAAUGCCCGUUUAUGGUCUGAACGUGUAUAGCAUGUUGAAACACAACACUCUGAUACUUACGGAAAAAGCAGCCAGACUAAUAGAAGAAAAAUUGCUUUAUCAUCUACAUAGGGCAGACAGUAAUAAAUUAUCACGUCCAUUUAAACUCAAUCAACAAUGAGGAAUUGACAGUUCUUAAUGUCUGAUAAAAUUAAAAUCUUGUAUAUGUAUUACUGUUUAUAUAUACAGAAUGCAUCGCUUGUGUAUGUACAUAUUUAAAAUAUCUGUAUCGCAAUACAGAUAUCAAAUACAAGUCAAAUAAUAAAAAAAAUAUUAGAUAAAGUAAAA